AUGAGGGCUACAACAGUUAACGACAAAUCAGUCAUGAGGGCUACAACAGUUAAAGACAAAUCAGUCAUGAGGGCUACAACAGUUAACGACAAAUCAGUCAUGAAGGCCACAACAGUUAAAGACAAAUCAGUCAUGAGGGCUUCAACAGUUAACGACAAAUCAGUCAUGAGGGCUACAACAGUUAAAGACAAAUCAGUCAUGAGGGCUACAACAGUUAAAGACAAAUCAGUCAUGAGGGCUACAACAGUUAAAGACAAAUCAGUCAUGAGGGCUACAACAGUUAAAGACAAAUCAGUCACGAGGGCUACAACAGUUAACGACAAAUCAGUCAUGAGGGCUACAACAGUUAACGACAAAUCAGUCAUGAAGGCUACAACAGUUAACGACAAAUCAGUCAUGAAGGCUACAACAGUUAAAGACAAAUCAGUCAUGAGGGCUACAACAGUUAAAGACAAAUCAGUCAUGAGGGCUACAACAGUUAAAGACAAAUCAGUCUUUGCUAUCUUUUUUUAG